AUGGAGGAUCAAGAGCAGACGUGUUUUACCUUUGAGAUAGAUAACUUCUCCGAGAAGGAAGAUGAGAUUGUAUCACCAAAUUUCUUAAGCGGCGGAUGCGAAUGGUAUGUUGAGGUUUGUCCCAAAGGAGAUACUGUUGAUGAUCACUUGUCUCUCUACCUCUGUGUUGCGAAUCCUGAAUCACUGCGACUUGGAUGGAAAAGACGAGCUACUUAUUCCUUGAUUAUUUUGAAUCAAUCAGGCAAAGAGCUCUUCAUAGAAGAUGAAUCGUGUAAAAUGUUCUGCGCUCAGUUCACAGGAUGGGGUUGGGCAAAGGUCGUGCCUCUUAAAGAGCUUCAAGAAGAAGGGUUUAUAGAGAAGAACAAACUGAUAAUUAGAGUGGAAGUUAAAGUAGUUGAAGUUGUUGAUGAAGGAGAUGACAAUGAGAAUGAGGCGUUUGAUUACGAGGGUUUCCAAAUUCUAUAUUCUCAGGUUUUUUUAGUGAGCUGGAUUUUCGAUGAGCACCCGGACUUUGCAGUAAAUGUCAGACCAAAGAACCAACGGGUGAAGACAACAUACAUGAACAUCCUCCUCGAUCUUAUCGAGACUCUGGACAAGCCUCCACGUAGCAUCACCGAGUCUGAGCUAAGCAACGCUCAGAGCGAUUUGAUCGAUCUAACAGAAGCAGGAUUUAAGCUUGACUGGCUGAAGACAAAGCUUGAUGAAGUUUCCUUGGAGAGGAAGAAAGCGAAUGCUACUGAUGGAUCUCGAGUCCAAGAACUCGAGGAACACAUCAAGAAUCUCAAAGUUGAACUGAACGAGGAGAAGAUCAAAACUGCUACAGUGUCCGACCUUAAAGAUGAGGUGUCGUACCUAAAAGCUGAGGUGUCGAAUCUCAGAGCUGAGCUGAACAAGGAGAAGGGCAAAUCUGCUGCUAAAUUUAUGUCGUUGGAACAGACGGUGUUGAAUCUCAGAGCAGAGUUGAACAAGGAGAAGGGUGUUAUUUCCUCUUGGGAUGUAUUGGAUUACGCAUGA